UCUCAUCCUGGGAGUGUGUAGGGGAGAAGGCAGAGCUGGACUUUUCCCAUGGAAGCACAGUGAGGGAACAGGGAUGAGCAGGAAUGCGGGAAACCGGGUUAGAUGGAAUUUUGAAUCACCACGAGGGUGAUUAAACACCUGGAAAAAGGGAGCAGGGAAGUUUUGGGAGAGGCUCAAACUCACCCGGGCGAGGCUUUGAGGCCGGGGUUCCGUCCAAAGCCUCUCCCAACCCCCGGAAUCUUCGGGAAUUCUUCGCCAACACUCACAAAUCCCCAUUGCUGUGACUCUCCCAACCCAGGCGAACCUGCCAUGUCCAACCUCCCGCCUCUGGCAGCCGACAGGAAUUGCUUCUACAUCCUGACCGAGGACUGUGCCUAUGGAAACAAGUACUUCCAAGCCGGGAACCUGUGCUUCUGCAGCGAGAGGAGCUACCUGCGGAAUUUUUCCGAGGAUGGGCCCCCGGCUUGCUUCCUGAAGGUCGUCAUGCUGGACGACAGCUCCACGGUCACCAUCAACCUGGGAAUCCUGCAGCCCGUGCGCCAGGAAGCCGCCGGGUUCCUGCUGGCCAUCGGGAGCCACAGCGAGCGCCUGCAUUUUUUCCUGGAGAGGCAGAGCCUGGAGGGAGCUCUCCGAGCCGUGCCGGGUCAAAAUGUGAUGGUGGAGGUGGAGAGGGAAUUUUUCCCGGGAGUCGUGCGCUACAUCGGGAGCAUCUACAAGCCCAGCUUGGCUGUGCUGACCCCGGUGUUUUUUGGGGUGGAAUUGCAGGGAGAGGGGGAAAACAGAGGGAGAAGUGAUGGGUCCUACCACGGCACCGAGUACUUCAAGUGCAAGAGGAACUGUGGGAUCUUCCUGCCCUUCAGCAAAAUCCAGUUUAUUCCCACAUCAGGCAACGAUUAUGGGAAGCAGAAGCUGGGAAAACAGGACACGGAGGAGGUGGUUCCCGUGAAAGUGGGAGACGCCGUCAGCUUCUUCGUGGAUGAGAUCCCCACCAAAGGAAUUGCCAUGGCAGUUUACAGGGAAGGGAGAAAAUGGUUUGUGAAGGUUUGCCCGGAAGAAGAAGGAACGACUGACAUUUUCAGGGAAAUCCCCAUGGAAUCUGUUGUGAAGGAGAGCUUGCAAAGUUUUUUCCCAGUGUUCAACUCCGACGUGGGCUUUGGAAAAUCAAACCAAACGAAAGGAGAGAUCAGCGAGAGCAGCGAGGAAGGGGAAGGUGGGAAUUCACCCCUGGAAGUGAAUUCCAUGGUCCAGAUUACCUUGGACAAGGGGAAUCAAGUUUCAGGGAUCAUCCGCUGGUUGGGCUACCUGCCCCAAAUCAAGGAAAAAAUGGCUGGAGUUGAACUGGAUGAAGACAAGGGGGUGACAGCUGGAGAGUGGCUGGGCAGGUCCUACUUCCACUGCGCCCCGAAGCGCGGCCUCUUUGUGAGGUUGAACUCCUGCCAGCCCGACGUGCGCUUCCAGAGCUUCCCCAGCUCCGAGCUGUCCCUGGGGGAUUUCAGAGGACAAGAAGCUCUUCCAGAGGGUGCAGAGAGUUUUCCUCCCCUCAGGAAUGAGGCAGCAGUCCGUGUUCUCCAAGGGCGGAUGAAGGGCAUCCAAGGCCAUUGUAAUUCCUGCUACAUGGAUGCAGCUCUCUUCAGCCUCUUCUCCUGUACCUCCGUGCUGGACUCCAUGCUCUUCAUGCCCUUCCCACUGUGUGACAGGAAUGUCCAGGGAAUUCUGCGGGAUGAGAUCGUCAAUCCCCUCCGUAGGAGUGGCUUUGUCAGGGCCAGCAGUGUGAUGCACCUCCGGGAGCAGCUCACGGACAAGGGCCAGUGCUCCAGCUUUACCAACGCUGAGAAAGAUCCUGAGGAGUUCCUCAAUCUCAUAAUGCAGCAGAUCCUGGGAAUUGAGCCACUACUGAAACUCCAGUCAGGAGGCCAGGAGCAGGGAUGUUACUGCUACCAGAUAUUUAUGGAUAAACAGGAGGAUUUGGUGGUUCCCGAUGUGCAGCAGUUGGUGGAACGCUCCUUCCUGUCCUCAGAUCUGAAGCUGGUGGAGAUCCCAUCUUGCUUCAUUAUCCAAAUGCCACGUUUUGGGAAGGAAUAUAAAAUGUUCAGCAAAAUCAUCCCUUCCUUGGAGCUGGAUAUAACAGAUCUGCUGCUGGACAGUCCCAGGGAAUGCUGCCUGUGUGGGGAUGUUGCCACUCUGGAAUGCUCAGAGUGUUUCAAGGACAAAGUGUUUGCAGCCACGGGCCUGAAGCAGUUCUGCAGCUCCUGCUCCAAACAGGUUCACUCCCAUCGCCGCCGCAAAACGCACAAACCCAGGAAGCUGCACAUUCCAGAGGAAUUCCAGAGCUGGAGCGCCCGGGGCUGCCAGCAGGUGCCUCGGGAGAAGCUGGAGCUGUUUGCAGUGCUCUGCAUCGAGACCAGUCACUACGUGUCCUUCGUGAAAUACGGCCCUGGCAACGAGCACUGGAUGUUCUUCGACAGCAUGGCCGACCGGCACGGUGGCGAAAACGGCUUCAACAUCCCCACGGUGACGCUGUGCCCGGAAAUUGCCAAAUACCUGGACUUGCCCCUGGCUGUGCUGGCCCUGGAGCAGCCUCGGGACAUGGAUGGGGUGGCCAAACGCCUCUUUUGUGACGCCUACAUGUACCUGUACCAGAGCAGGAAAAUGGCACUUUACAAGUGACACCGUCCCAGAGCUGAUGGCAAGGAGCAACAUCAGGAAUGGGAGCUUGGAUCAUCCCAGAAGGUGGAAGCAGCCAAGUCUGGAUGCUCUGAGCUGCCUCUUCUCGCCUCUCUCGGUGUCAAAUUAUCCAAGCCAGGCUGGGUUUGUUAAAUCCUGGCUUUAUCCAGUGGUUGGUACUUGGGCACAGCUGGACUUGGAAUUACUGAUGCUCAAAUUCAUUCUUAUUCCCCACAUUCCACAACUCUCCCUCUCUGGGUACUCUGCAGCUGGAACAUUCCCACAUUCCUGUUUCCCUGCCAUCCCUUCCCUCCAAAGCUGGGGACCAGCAGAAAUCAAAACACAAGGAAUUAUCCACAGGUUUACCAAGAGACCACAACCUUUCCUAAAACCCCCUCACCUGGAUUUGUGGAGUGAGGAAAAUCAGGCCAGGACUGAUUUUCCUCACCUGUGUCCCUCAAUUCCCUGCACUUCCCUUAUCCAGCACUAACUGGCACUUUUACCCACCAUCCUUUAUUUCCAAUCAUGGAUAUCCUGAGCUGAAGCUAUGCUUUCAAAAUAGGUAUUUUUUCCAAGAACAAAACUGGAAGGAGGAUGGGAGCAGAGGAGCAACAUCUGGGCUCCUGCUGCUUCCUCUUUUUGGCAAAAUCUGCACAGUAUUCAGUGUUAUUACAACCUCACUUUCAGCACUUUCUGUCCCAUCUUUGCAUCCACUUCCAAGUUUUGGGGUCAAAUAGCAGAAUUCCAAGGGCAAAAAUAGGGAAAAAAAA